AUGCCCACUCUAGACAGAUUGUUGGAGUGGAAGGUUGUCAAUGCUAAUUCAUCUCUGUUGUGUGGUUCAUCUGAGGAAACUGUGGACCAUCUGUUCUUCAAGUGUACUACCUCUAAUCAAGUGUGGCAGAAAGUCUUGCAAUUUCUUCAUUUUAGCAGGCCUGCUGCUAGGUUUGCAGAUGAACUUCAGUGGAUGAUCAAAAGUAGCAAAAGAGGUAGUGGAAGACAUAAAUUGUUGCUCAUGUUCUUUUCUGAAUGCAUCUACUCUAUGUGGUUGAAUAGGAAUGAUAAACUAUAUAACAACCAUUGUAAAGGUGUUGAUGUUUUGUUUAAAGAAACUUUGUUUAGAGUUGUUGAUAGAGCUCCUGCUGAUCUCAGUGAUUUUCUAAAUGAGUUAAGUUGUACCUAG